CCUCCCUCUCCAAGAGGCAGGCAGUCAUGCGGAUGGAAACAGGAGUGGGCAUCCGCUGUGCUGCACGAAGAAGAAAGUUCGAGGAAAGAUGCACGAAGAGGAGGAUGGCAGCAGGGACACGAGCUCCUGCGCAGCCUCGCGGAUUUUGGCCGCGAGGUCGGUGGAUGUGGCCGAGCUCGAGGGCAGCAAGGAGCAGGCCUCCAAGCUGUGCGGCUACUUGAACAAACUGUCCGGCAAGGGGCCUCUGAGGGGGUACAAGCCGAGGUGGUUCGUGUAUGAUCCGAGGAAAUGUUAUUUGUAUUACUUCAAGACUCCCCAAGACGCACUGCCGCUCGGGCACAUCGAGAUAGGCGACGCGUGCUUCAGCUACGACGUGGAGGGGGACGAGGGUCAGUUUGAGAUCCGCACAGCCGGGAAGGAGUUCCUCCUGAAGGCCCCCAGCAGGCAGGUGAUGCAUUACUGGCUCCAGCAGUUACAGCAGAAACGUUGGGAGUACAGCAACACACGAGGGUCCGGUCAGAGAGACAGCUGGAGCUCCCCAACCUUGGCCUGCCCUCCGACCGGCCUCGUAAGCAAAGACAAUGACGCGUUUGUCUUUGAGAAGCUGAGCGACAGCAUGGAGAAGGUCCGCAGCGACUUUGCCAUGGACACAGAAACAGAUGGUGGGGGAAUGGUGGGGAUCCAGUCAGCCAGAGGGCCUUCUGCUGCAUCCACAAACACCCUCAACUUCUCCCUCAGAAACUUUGGUACAGAAAUCAGGAACUCCAUGUCUUAUCUGCGGCCGGGAAGAGGAGGCGAGAACAGACGCAGUGUGUUUUACACUGGCAACAGCAGUGCAGAGGAAUGGGAACUGGUCGAUGCUCCACCCAAGGACUUCCCUGAACAGAAACAUCAUCCAGACACACACAGACAUUCCUUCGGAUCAGCUUUUACUUUUGACUUUGUGCGAAACUCCGCGCGCCCCAAGAGGCCUUUGCUCCGAGAAAUGAGGUUUGGGCGCAACGCUGACACUCGCAGUGCCGAGAACUCGCCAGUGGAGUGUAAUGGAAGCAAAUCUUUGGAGAUGCAGCUUCGCCUCCAGAGCCAACAAGAAGAACUUAAUCGCAUGCAGCAGGAACAGACCAAACUCAGAGAAGAGCUCGCCAGUCAGAAGGAGCUUGUGAGACUUCUGCAGCAAACUCUGAGAACCUCCCAGUGUGACAGGCAGCCAGUGCGGCCACCAGCCCCAGCUCCAGAUUCAUCUGCACCUCCAGACCAGACUCAAGGUCCAGUAGUAACACAGGAAGAGAACACCCAGAUGGAGGCCCUGCUUCAGGAAAAAGACGGACAGAUCCAGUCCCUGUGUGGCCACAUGGAGCGUCUUGCCUUGGAGAAGGAGAGUCUGCAACAAGAGCUGAAGGGCCUGAAAAUAAAGGUGGGGGAGAUAAACGACCAGCUGGGGAUGCUGAUGGAGACCAUCCAGGCCAAGGAUGAAGUCAUCAUAAAGCUGUCACAGGAGAGCUCGGAGCAGAGCGGCAAUCACAGUGACGCCGGUUCACCGCCUCCCAACAAAGAUCAGCAGGAGCUGGACAUCCUCAAGGACAGUCUUCAAGGCUACAAAUCCCAGAACAAGUUCCUGAACAAAGAGAUCCUGGAGCUGACAGUGUUACGUAGAAAUUCAGAGAGUAGAGAAAAAGCUUUAGAAGCAAAGUAUACGGCCCUGGAGGCCAAGUUGUGUCAGGUGGAGAGUAAGUACCUGGUGCUGCUUCAAGAAGUGAAAACCCCGGUGUGUUCGUCUUCAGAGCAGAGCCAAACCCGUGAGGUCAUUUCCAGAUUAUUAGAGGAUGCACUGCAGGCAGAAAGCCCCGACCAACAAGAGCACCCCAUCUUUAAACCAAAUACUGUCAGUGAGUACGACGUGUUCGGCUUCAAGACUGUCCCCGAGGAGGAGGAAGAGGAGGAGAAGCUGGUUGCGAAGGUGAGAGCUCUGGAGCUGAAGUCCCUAUCCAUGACGGAUCAGGAGGUGUCCGUCGGGGUGAAGUGGGAGAACUAUCUGGCCAGCACUAUGAACAGAGACCUGGUGCGCUCCCCUGAGCUCAAAGCCCUGAUGCGCUGCGGUGUGCCCCACGAGCACCGAUCCAAGGUGUGGCGCUGGUGUGUCUCCUUCCAUGUCAAGAAGUUUCGGGACCACUUGGCGCCUGACUAUUAUGAGACCUUAUUAAACGUUGCCCGGGACAAGCCUAACCCGGCCUCGAAGCAGAUCGAGUUGGACUUGCUGCGUACUUUGCCCAACAACAAGCACUAUGCCUCCCCAAGUGCAGGUGGCAUCCAGAAACUCAGGAACGUCCUGAUGGCCUUCUCCUGGAGGAAUCCGGAUAUCGGCUACUGCCAGGGACUGAACAGGCUGGCAGCUAUUGCCCUACUCUAUCUGGACCAAGAGGACGCCUUCUGGAGCCUUAUAGCCAUUGUGGAAGUCUUCAUGCCAAGAGACUAUUACACCAAGACUCUGCUUGGCUCACAGGUUGACCAGCGUGUGUUCAAGGACCUGAUGUGUGAGAAGCUACCGCGGCUUCAUGCCCACUUUGAGCAGUACAAGGUAGACUUCUCCCUCAUCACCUUCAACUGGUUCCUGGUGGUGUUUGUGGACAGUGUGGUGAGCGACAUCCUCUUCAAGAUCUGGGAUGCCUUCCUGUUUGAAGGCCCGAAGAUCAUAUUUCGCUUCGCCCUCGCUCUCUUCAAGUACAAAGAGGAAGAGUUUUUGAAGCUGCAGGAUUCCACAGCCAUCUUCAAAUAUCUUCGAUACUUCACACAAACGAUCCUGGAUUCAAGGAAGCUGAUGAACAUCGCCUUCAUGGACAUGAACCCGUUCCCCAUGCGGCAAAUUCAGAACCGCCGCUCCUUCCACCUGGAGAAAGUCCGCCUUGAGCUGACCGAGCUGGAGGCGAUCAGGCAGACCUUCCUCAGGGAGAGAGAGACUAGUCAGGAAGGACGGAGCUUCGUCAGCGAUGAUGAGGAGGAUAACUGACCUUAAGCUUGUCACAUUUCCCAGCUGAAGUAUGAAGAGAUCACACCUCCACCACACCAGUGAUGCGCUGCAGUUGUAAAGGGAUUUUCAGUCAACUUUCUAUAAAUGUUGAGUGAAAUCUGAUCAAAAGACAAAAACUUUACAGGCCAAAUGGGCUUUCUAUCAGUAUUCCUGCCAUUUUUUUUUUUUUGUAAAAGCCUUAUUUGUUGUAUGCUUGUGUGUUUAUCUUACAGCCAGAACAGUGUGCUUUGUCCAUGGCUCUUCAACCUUCAAUGCCAAGCUACACUCUUUCAGUCCGAAUCAGUAUUUUUGAAAACAUGGCUGUGAUCUUUUAAAAGGUUUCAACUUUAUGCCUGUUGAAGGAAUGAUUGUAUUUUAUUUUUUUUAACUCUUGUUUUCAUUUCUUUAGCUUUCUCUGUCCCCAGUUCCUUUCAUAAAAGUCUUAAAAAUGUUUAACUAAAUAUUUUUUUUUUAUAUAUUUUCCACAUUGCCACUCAACAACACAUAUUUUGUGUUUGAUCCCUGUGUCUGCUCAUGCACUUGAAUCAUCUAUGCUGAAAUUCAAAUUCUGCUGAAAGUCUUAGAGCCUUCUGAUCCCUAGGUCGUUUUUUAAGUUGAACAUAUCAUUCCAGCCUCUAAGGAGCGUUUGUGCCUCGAAAGAACUCAAACAAAAGUCUACCAUCAAACCUCAGAUCAAAAACAAAACUGUCUCCCCAUGUAUUAUCAUUUGAGAUAAAAUAAUUGGAGACACUAAUUGAGCCAUCAUGCUAACGCUGUCAGUCAGUGCUGUAAUGUUGGACAUUCCAGUUUAUCUGUCCAUAUUUGGCAGAGUUUCUUAAUAUUGUCAAGUUAUUUUUAUACUAAAAUACCACUUAAUUACUUAAUGUUUCCCAAAGACCUGUCUGUUGUAUACAAAAACUAUCGUUUAACACAUUUAUUAUGGACAAUGUUUAAAAUUGUCACUGACCAAAUCAGUGGACCCCCUACAAAUUACCUCAUUAUCUGACUAUUUUAUUGCAACUCUUCUGUGUAUUAAGAUAUCUUAUUUGCCCUAACAAAAAUACCCCUGCCUGUGAGUAUUGUGCUUAAGUGUAAUGUUCUGUUUUCUUUUCGUAAUGUUCUUGAUUUUUCAAAAAAAUAAGUUGGGAUUGUUCAAAGGAUUCAAUUUCCCCCUGGCUAAAAUCUAUUUUGCAAGAUUUACUGUACACACAUAAUGCUGGGAUUACUUCUCUGAGCCCUGUCUGAAAAUGCUGAUGUAUUUACAUGAAUUGUCCUCAGUGUGGCAGUAUAACAUUUGUCUAGCCAGUGUUUACACCAGUUCACUGGUACCCUCCACACGGUAUGGUUUUAUAGUUUAUUAUACUGUCGUUCAGCUUCGGAUGAAGUGGCUGUGAAGUCAGUCUGUCAGAAUGGUUGGUGUGUGAAAAUGGAAAUAUGAUUUGUUAUCUAUGAGGGAAGUAUUUCAGGAGAUUGCUAAACAAGUGUAGCAAUACCUUUCUGUCUUCCACAUCCAGGUACUUAAAGAUGAAGUUCUUUGCUCUUUAACAUUGUGACCAUAUUCUUUAUUACACAUGUUUACAAUGUCUACUAUGUAACAGACCAAUAUGGAAAAGUUAAUAUUCCACACAUCCAAACUUGUUUAGAAAGAAACCAUGUUUAGAUUUGAGUAAAACUGAUGUCUAAAUGGGAAUCCACAAGAGAGGAACAAGUUUUUUUUCUUCCACUUAGCCCCUUUCUUGUGUGCUGAUAUAUUGUUUACAACUAUAUUGUUUGUUACAACUUUUAAUUUCCUUUAUUUUAAUUGUACUUUGAGCUGUUUACAGAAUCGACUACCUUCUUUCUGUUACAGUAUUGUCCACCGUAGCAUCACGCCUACGUUUUUGUUUGUUGGACCACCUGAGUUUGAACAAAUGGCAGGAUUAUGGUUGUUUUGAUGAUGGAAAUGUGAAUGGAAGAAAUGACCCGUGGAAGUAGAAAUCUAAUUAGUUUUUCAUCAUGAGAGCAGGUCUCUCUACUGAUAAAAAAAAUAUGAUCAGUUUAAGAUUUUUUGGUCCACUCAUUUUGUCAAAGGGCUCAUACAGUAGGUUUUUAGUUUAUACUCAUAUUUUAGUAAACAACUUCUGUUCUAAGGCUACUCUGUCGUCAGUCUGUUUGCUACAUUGAAUAAGCUACAUUUAAUCUUAUCACCUUUUCUUUCAUUUCUUCCAUUCUUGCUUCUUCCAGCAAUGUAUUGCACAAGUGUAGCAGCAAGAUGACUUCAGAAUAUUGUAGGGCACUUCACUUUUUUUGUAUGCAAAUCUCUAUGAUAUCUUGUUCAUUGUUAAUCGGUAUCAUUUAAUGAUAAAACGUGUAAAGCUUUUAUGUUACAGCAUUAAGUAUAUGCCACUGUGAUGUUUUUGUAAUACCAAUUCAAAUUCAAAUAAAUAAUUGCUCACUCAA